UCUUCGUAUUUUCCUAUAAUAGAAAGAAUUCUCUUUCAUUACUCAACUGGUAUUCAUUUGCUCCCAAAAAGCUCUGUUUUCGGUUUCUAUUGGAUCAUCCUUUUUGCUCUUGUUUUGCGCCGAUGAUCCCUCCAAAAGCGAACUAGGUAGGUGUUCUUAGCGAUUCUUUCUUGAGCUUUGUCGAAAGGAAUAGGGGCUCUAGGACCCUACUUUAUGAACAAGAGGCGGCCAACAAACAAAUGUCCAGCAUUGGAUCCGUACCGUAGAAAGAUGUGAGAUCAAUAACUGUAGUUUGGGGUACCCAUAUCUAUAUCACAGGAUAGAUUUCUCGUUUAGGUUCUUCCUUAGCUCUCUGUCUUUUGCUGUUGAACUGCUUGAUGCAAGAUCGGGCUAAGGCCCUAUAUACCACUGGGGGAGGAAAUGUUUGUUUGCAAGAAAUUCAACCAUUGGCCUGUCCGUUAAGCCGAAAGAAUAGGAAAGGCUCAAGAUUCAGAGACCUAGGAGAGGUCAAGGUUUACCAAGCGGGGAAUCAAAACCAACAGAUCCACCAACAGAAAUCCCUCUUCCUCCGAGCUUAGCUUAUGGGCUUCGAGAUCACAGUAGAAUCGAAUCUGGAGAUCGAGUGUAGGGGGGCGGAGUCAAUACUCUUCCCAGAAGAAGACAAGCAGUCGACCCUUGAUAGGAGGCAUAUGAUCACAGGCUCAGAUUUGUGCCCUUGUCUAAAGUGAAGGCAUUAGGCCGCAACUAACAAAAUCUUUCAAAAUGAUACAACUGGUACAAGAUUACAUUCCAAGCGAGGUUGUAAAGUGCUCACUCCUUCUACGAGAAUUUUGCCUUGACCAGACAGAAUGGGCUCUUAGGCUAUCAUUUACCUUUCCAUUUCCGAAGGAAUCCGUUGAAAAAAGAAGCCCGCUUUCAAUUAUCUUUAAAUAGAAAUUCAUUCCGUGUUCAACCUUUCUAAUGUGAGAAGAAAUGACAGAUGCUUUCUGACUAUUCAUGCACUAUCUGCGGACCUGGGUCACCUCGCAGAGGAUCCCUGUCUCGGGGGCAAGACAACGCAAAACCGGCGCCAGACGCACUGGCAAUGAGCCGUUCCGGCGGAAAGGUCUCUACUGCGCUCUCUCUCUCGAGUACCUGCAGGUAAGGGGCCGUGUGAGGUCCCCCCUUCGCCAACUCCGCAACCGGACAAGAUUUUCUGACUCGCUUGGCCCCGAUGCUGAAUUCCAUUCUUCAAGAUUUUCAGAGCAGAACAACAUGGGAUACAAUUCGGGAGGAAAUCCCUUCUUGCUCGCUCUCUUGCCCCUUUGGAUAUUACCUUGUCCAGAGCGGGUCGUGCAUCCAUAGAAAGGAAUCUCCUCGACUACUGCAGUAGAGUAUGCUUCCACUCCAACGUAGAUGUCACUUUCUGAAUAGCUAUCGAAUACCAGCGAGCAGCCAAUGGACAAAGAAUAGGGCCGGUAACCUCCUACCUUUCUGUGCCCACGAUUGUAGACCUGACAUGAGUGGAUUUCCUUAUAGAUAGAACUGUUAGCCGCCUACCUUAUUGGAGUGGAGGUGAGUUUCGUGUCUGGAAGUUCCUGCUUUAGAGCCCUCAUCCUGGGUUUGACUUCUGCCCUUCACUAGUGGUUGUGUGCCUUCAUGAUGUGUCUCUAAGGGAAAGCUCCUUCAUUGCUAGUCUAACAACCAGCGAAUCCCCUCGUUAAGCCUAUCUGUCUAAUUGGGGAAACUAGCUCUUUGCUUCUGCUCAAGAAAGCACGCGCACUCUAUUUGAAGGAAGAAAUGAAGCAAAUGGACUAAGAAAAUAAGGAUAGACUCCUCAGUCUUGCUCUACUUCCAAGUUCAGAUCCACAAAAUAGAAAGGAGUUAACUGGCUUUUUCUUUGUUGCUUAUAAAUAAGUCCGAAGGCUGAAGAUUGGAUUGCUUCUCAGAGCAAAAAGAGAAGUUGGCUUGCCUGAUUCGCUAUCUGAUUUGGUAUGUAUGUAGUCACAGGUUCACUUCUAGACUGACUGUAUAGGGGGAGCCCUGUUCCUUGCCAACUCUCAAACUCAUCCGCUUGCCAAUGUAGAAUUGGACCUCGUACUUCCGUACUAACCCCUUAUAUCGGUUCUUCGACUUCCCUACUAGCUGCUCAAUCUAUAUCAUAUGCGGGUCAGUGGGAUUGGAAUAUGGGCUUUCUUUCGUGGUCGACUAGCCCUCUUUCUUAAUGAUUCUUUUCUCCGACUGUCCGUUGAAGCGACUUCACACACCUGCGUUAAUAUAAUACCGACGCUUUCCGUCGAAGUAUUCAACUCCCCCGCCCAGCCAAACACUAUAUAAACGCUCUACUCUAUCAGACCAGUAGUACUACCUUCUUAUGCAUUCAAAAAGGGCAGAUGACACCAUUCUAUAGCCGGCGAUAGGAACAAUCUUUGUACCACAUAAAUAAAAGCCUUCUUUCUACCUCUGGACUGAACUUGACCCGGCCAUGCUCGUGCAAUGGCACUUCCUACUCAUUUCCGUUCCGAGUCUAAUAUAAUGUUUGGUUCACUGGCUACACGAUCGAGGGAACGUAGGAAUGAAAUGGAAUAUCACACAUCUAUCUCUCCAUCCGAUAACUGGUUACUAGAUCUGUAACCUAAAUAAACAGAUUCACAUAAGAGCCUUUCUGUCUAGAUCGGCAUUAAACAUCAAAUAGAAAUAUGAACAUGGGGUAUGGAAGUUAGGGAUGCUGUAAAGCUAAGAACUCGUGUUAGUUAGUUACAACCUUGGUGCUUCCGAAAAGAUGUGCUUGCACUCGUUCUUUAGGUAAGGAGCCGUGAGCUCAGAAGAGCGUUAUGAUGAAAACGAAGCGGAAGGGAGUCAGAAUCUUGCAAAGAAAGGACACAUCCCAGAAGCUAUGAACUGUCACCAAGGAGCGGAAAGGUCUUCUGUGUAUGUGAUGGCUUGGACUUCGUUCCUCCUACUUCACUAGCUCCGGUAACACCCCCACAAGCUAAGUACCGCGAUAAGGCAAGUAAGAUCGUAUCCUCUCGAGCAAUAGGCGAGGCACUAGCUUUUCUUUUAGUUCGGAUUAUCGUAUAAUGAUUCUAGAAACCUUUCGCUUACUAGUUCGAUUCAGGCAAUUGAGUGUUUCUACCAAUGAAUGAAGAUUUGCAACGAAUAUGAAUUCAGAUUCGCUUAAGUAAAGAAGACUAACAAAGCACUCUACAGCAGCUAUGCAAAAGGAGAGCAGUUUCGAAUGAUCUUAAGAAAGAGAGAAGAAAGCGAAACAGAUCAGAAAUCUUUGAAUAGCAGAUGAUGAGCAAGGCUGACUAUAGGAAUCUAAGAAUAGUGAGGAACGAAGCAACAGGCUGACUGUUAGAAGGAAGUGGAACGCUUACCUGAUCACUCAACCGGAAGAAAAAGGCAAGUCUAACAAGGUCAAGAGCAGGACAGAGGAAUAGAUAGCUCAUCCCAGCAAAGGUUUACUUGAGUGAAACGAUGAGAUUGAUAAAGAAUUCGAUCUAUGCUUGAGAUUCUACACGGAACAACAAAUGAAAUCUCACUUUGGAAGAGAAGUUGGUGCUACUUCAUCACCGCCAAGAACCUAGGUGAACAGAGGCUUUUUUGGUAAGUAAUGGAGAUUGAUUUUCUUGUUCCGUGUUCCGUAAAGAGAAAGCUUGAACCCUUGCAGGACUCUCCAUCUACUGAGUCCUAACGCAAGCAAAGGCAUAUAACCAGGCAUCUCCCUCAGGUCAGCUCGCGGUUUACACAUACCAGGGAGAAGAGACAAAAACCAUACAUAGCAGCCGAUCACACAAAAGAAAAGACCGGGUCGAUACAUUGGAAGGGUGGAAUUUGCCGGGUCUUCUUACUGACCUGGUUGCUUAUGGAAAAACGAAUCUUGAAUGAUCUAAAGGGAUUGACCCAAAAGAAGUAUUUCCGGCGGUUUGCUACCUUGUAACCACAGCCAUAGAAGCAAUGUUUUCUUGCAGGUUGUUUCGAGAAGAGGAGAUCGGAUCAAAGAACCAUCAGGUCACAAGGAGCACCUACCCAUAUUAGUAGAGCUAGGUCUUCCCAAGGUUGACUGAAUGAAUGAGGCUUAAGCUUAACCGUAGAAAUCUGCUUUCCAAGCUUGCUCUUACACUGCCCGGCAAGCCCAGCAUUCCGUUGUGUUGGAUCCUAGUUCAGUGACUAAGGAAAUUGCUUUCUUCAUUUCCUUCUGCUUGCCUUGUAUGAUUUGUUUUGCUUUGACUAUCCUCCGUAUCCCCCUUCCUUUCAAAAUACAAAGAUGGAAAUCGUUGAAAUAUUUCUUUGAUUGAAAGAGUAUUAUUCAUAUAUUACAUUAUUCCACUAGAAUCCGAUGGAAUUUCGAAAUGAAGAUAUUUUUAUUUAAAAUAGUGAAAAACGCUUUGCAGAACGAUCUAUAAAAAUUGAUACAGUUUGAUUCCGCAACUCAAUUAGUAGUACUUCUAGAGUCCACUUCUUCCCCAUACUACGAGUGAAAGGGAAAAUGUAAAGACUACCAUUAAAGCAGCCCAAGCGAGACUUACUAUAUCCAUGUGAAUUAUGUCCCCUAUCUCUAUGAAUAUGAAGGAAUUAUUCCAUUAUUGCUCACUAAUAAUAGUGGAAUCAAUGGCGCAGAGUCAAAAAAAGAUUCUGACCCAACACUAUUGAUGAACCAAUCCAAUAAAUCUACUUCUAAUAAAUUUCUAUAUAAUUUCUAAUUGGGAAAGAUUAAACACAAGCAAAAUACGCAGUGACAUCCCAAGGGAAUGUUACUAAUGGAACAUGUAGGAAUAAUAGGAACUGUUCUUUUCAAUCUAAUAUUGAUCGAAUGCCUGAACACUCAGAGACUCCCGUGAGUACGUAUAUUCUAUAAAGCAUCUUCCGCCCCUUCCACAACUACUAAUUUCAGUAGAUUCCCUAUUCGACUAUCCAAUCUAAUUCAAGACUCAGUCAGUAGACACUACAUUAGUCGUAGAAGGGAAUCGAGAAGUUUUGAUAGCCCCUUCGCUACUAGAAUCUUUUCGUGACUCCUA